AUGGGCGACGCGAACGGGUCUCUGGGCGCGCACCCCGAGAAGAAGGGCCGCUACUCGGCGCUGCCGCUGCGCGAGCUUGUGCGCGUGCGCGGCAAGACGGCUCGCCCCUGCUCCUUCUGGGCGCGCGCCUUCGGAAUCUCGAUCACCAUCGUGCUCCUGGCCCUGGGUGCAGCGGUAUGCUUCAUCAUGUGGGGAACCGAGACAUUCGACAACUCGCUGCUCGAGCGUCCCCCUGUCACACCAUACAUCCAGGUGCGACUCUUCAACUACACCAACUGGCAAGCGGUGAUGGAUAAACGAGAGAUACCACUAGUGAAAGAAGUUGGACCUUAUACAUUUCUGCAGGAAACUGAGAAAACUGCGGUGGUGUUCAACGACAACAGCACCGUCACCUACCGAGAGCACACCACCUUCGUGUUCCAACCGCAGCGGUCGGUUGGCUUUGAAGAUGAUAUAGUGGUGCUACCCAAUGUCCCUUUCUUGAGUGCAGUGUCCGUCUUACGAGACUCUAGUUUCAUGAAGCAGAUGGCCAUGUCAAUGGCUCUGAAUUCGGUAAAUCCACCUCCCUUCUUACGGUUCUCUGCUCAAGAGUUCUUAUGGGGUUACAAAGAAACUCUUACUCAACUUGCCAAGGCCUUUUCGGUUGUGAACAUUGAUCCAGAGAGCCUAAAGUUAGGAAUUCUUGAAGCGACAUUAAAUGGCAUUGAAGCAUAUAAAUAUAUGCCUCCAAUGAAUGUGUUUGGAACACCAGAGCAGAACCCAGAAAAUGAGUGCUUCUGCCCUCCAUCUGAAAAUCCUGAAGAACCUUCAUGUCCAUAUGGAGGUGUAUUCAGUGUGGGACCUUGCAAUUUUGGAGCACCAGUUCUUGUAUCUUUUCCUCACUUUUAUGGAGGUGAUGAAGAAUUAUACCGUUUUGUAAAUGGGCUAAAUCCUGAUCCUUCGAAACAUUCUAUGUACCUCUAUAUUCACCCAAUUAUCGGUGUGCCCAUGGGUGGAAAAACUCGUUUCCAAAUGAAUGUCAAAGUUCGAAAAUCAUCAAAGAUUUCAUCUAUUAACUUCCUGGAAGAAGGAGCCGUUCUGCCUGUUGCUUGGAUAGAAAUUGGUGUGGAUGAACUACCAGAAGAAGUUAUCGCUUUGCUGCACAAAGCUUCCAUGACAAAGCAUGUCAAAUCGGUCCUUUUGUAUGGAAGUAUCACAGUCAUUUCUGUAACUUCAAUUAUUUUACUGUGGUGCGCUUACAGAUGUUGGACAAGGAGAGAGACAAUUCGUAAUAUUUCACAAGAUUCUCACAUUUUGGAACCACUGUAACUACGCUUCAUAAACAAUUAUUUUUAUUAUUGCACCAUCACAUCAACAAUUGUUUGCACUAAAAAUAGCAGGGUAGCAUAGAGUGAACAUGAAAAGAAACUCAGGUCGGCAUUGUCAAGAAUGAAAAAUUAAAAGACUGAGUAUGUGCUAUUGUGUGACAAUGCUGGAAAAAUAGUGAUAAACCAGUAUAUUGAUUUAAGUGCAUCAAUCGAUAGUUGUGGAUGAACUUUGUGUUGAUGUGGAAAACAAAUGAACACAAAUGUAUGUAUGUAAGACAUUGAAUGUUGUAUAUUACAACAGAUGUUUGUCACAUUCCAUGUGCCUUCACAACAUUCCAGUUUUUGGAGUGUUGACCAAUUGAUGGAGUGGCUAAUGUUAUAAGGAGAUUGAAGUCUGAACAUUUGCUCAAAACACAACAAAUAUCAAUACUAUUGAUUCUUUUAAAACCAGCACCACUGAGAAGACUCUUUCAAUAGGGAAAAAAAGAUGAUCUGCAAAUGAAACCGAUAUUUUUCUAAAUAAUGAAAUCCAAUAUUUUUUAUGUUAGGAUUUCGUAUUAAUACAAUUUAUAUUUCCUGGAAAGACUUAUAAUAUUCAGUGAAAAAAUUUUUCUAUGAAAAAAAAUUACAUUCAUAUAGUUCUGGUGCUUAAAAACACUUUGGAGAAGAAAAGAAAAAGACAGUAAACAUAACAUUCAUUAUCACUUAAGAUUAAAAAUUAAAAUGGGAUUUCAUUCAUCACAAAGAAUACGUUUACAAAAAACAUUAACUUUAUUGCCAUUUUUGGCAGUCCAAUAUUUUGCAAUAGUUGAAUACUAAAAAGAAAAUAACUGAUUUUCUGUCAUGCCAUUUUUUGUUUUCAAUUUUACAGUUGAUGGAUACUAAAAAGGAAAUAACUGAUCCGCAGUCAAUUGAUAAUGUAUUUCUAGUGGAGUUCAAACCACUUCUCUUAUCAUAGGUCUAUGUAUUUCUAAGUUUCCUUGUGAUUUGUAUCUCAUAGUUCUCACAUUUCUAAGGACUAAAUAUCAUUUAUUGUUAAUUGUUUAAAAAGUGUAAUCAUAAAAAUGUCCAUGAAUUUAUAGAUCAAAAGACUAUGAAAAUAGAAAGGUCUUUAGAUGUGGUAGUAGUAUGUAAGCAUUUUCAGAUUUAAAAAGAAAUUUCAUCAAAACCAUCUUUCAUGACAAUAAAUAAAUUCCAAGUUGCUACUCAUUUUAUUGAUAUAGUGAUAUUGGAAUGUUACUAAAGCUUCUAAUUACUCGUGCUUAUGUUAAGAAUUUUUUUACUACUAUUUGAAGUAAAAUAAAAUGUAGUGAAUGUAUGUUGGUACAUUUUCAUUUUAAUGAUUUAAUGUUUAUAUCCUCAUACACACUUCCCCUCCUGAACAAAUUUAUGCAUAAAAACUUCUUUUGAAUAUCAACACGAUUCCAGGAAAAAAAACCCAUCUUAAAUAAGAGUGAGAAGGGAGAAAGUUGAAUGUACAUUAGGGUGACUUUGAGACAAACUAUUAUCUCAUUUCAGAUUAUCCAUUAUUCGCUAUAAAUAAAACAGAGGGGUCACACAAAAUCCAACCACCACAAUGAGGCUCUAUGUAACCAUUGUGAAACUCAAAUCUCCCAUAAUUAUCCCACCUUUUUCUACCUAUCACAUUAUCAUCUAUCCUCUUGUUUUAAGGCUUCUUGUAAACUUUGCAAAACUUUGAAUACAAUACUGAGUGAUUGUAACUGUUAGUCUUGAAAUAAGUUUGGUUUGGCGAGAACAUUUAUUUGGUGUAGAUCUAGAUGAUAAUUGAUGUAAUUAAAUCAGUUUGUUAAUACUGGUAGUUUUAUUACUGAAUUGUUUAAUAUUUGUGGAGUUUCUUAAUGACAGUAUUUUAUAUACAUUAUAGCCAUACCAGUAAAAGACAAAUAGGAUGGGGUGAUAGGAUUAACCAUUGAUGACUUGGCUAGUGUAAACCAUUAUGUAGCUUCAAUUAUUAGAACCAAAAUGAAAAGAGACUCCUGAGGUAAAAAUUAGACACAAAUCCAGUGAAAGUGAAGAAGAACUUAAUGACAAGAGUAUUUUUUGCUGAAAGGGAAGAUAGCAAUUUCAUAUCAGAAAAUAUUUUGAAAUUGAUGAUCCUCAUGAAAUAGAGGAAAACGUUCUUUGUCCUACAAAAUAGCUUAAUGGCCAAAGUAGUUCUGACUUCGAAGUUCAAUCAAAUAUAAGAGAGAAAAAUAUCUAUGUCAGAUUGUUGAGUUUUCUGAUCAGAUGUAAGAAGGUUAAUACCAGGAUUAAAAAUGGUAAAUAUAGGAAGUGACCAGAGUACUGAUUUUAAUCUGACUUGUUAUUAAGUAAGAUAAACUAAUAAAUACAGACA